AUGGCUGCUCAAUCGACCAGCGCCUCCCGCACCGGUGACCCAAGUGCCCAAAAACCCUCUGCAGGACCAACAAUCAGCACCUCUUCAGCUUCUACCGCAGCUCAAACACCAAACGAGAUGGCAGAUGCAUCGGUUCAACAGAUCGAGUCAGGGCUGCGAACCGCUCUGCACAUUCAGUUUAAAACUGACAGUAACGAAGCGGAUGCCAUGACCGACGCCACUGCAGCCAACGUUCAUUCUGAACAUCGUGUCUUUGCCAGCCCAAGUCACUUGUCACGAGUACCACAGCGCCCGAUCCAAAAUGAUGCCUCGACUAUUUGGAUGGGAGAUAUUGAGCCGCGUUGGACCGAGGGCUUCUUGCAACGAGCUUUUGAGGAGUGCGGGUACACUCCCAUCAAACUCGCCAUUGUCAAGCGAUCCAAUGGCUCAAGCCGAGGAUUUGCAUUCAUCACUUUUGCAUCGGAACAAGAGGCCCGACAGGCGCGUCAAGCACUCUCUGGUCGCAAGUGCAUCCCUCAGAGCCUUCCGAGUCGCGUCUUCUUCUUGCGGCCGUCCAUCACCGAUGGUGACGACACCCCCAAGUUUCCCCGGCUGCACAUUGAGGGCCUUAUCCAAGAUGACUCGGAGGAAAUGCUCUGUGUGCGUCACCACCUCUUGCUUGUCAACAUUCUUCCCCCAUUCUCAACGCUAUCAAACACCUGGCUUAUCUGGUUGUUCUGUUAUGCUUUCACGCAUUCAUCGGUGCAGAACUUCUUUCGCGAGCAAUGCGAAGGCUUUGAGCACGCUAAAAUCGUGUAUCAUGGCGACGGCCGGACUCGGGGGUAUGGCUUUCUGCGCUUUAGCACCGACGCUGCCAAGGAAAAGGCAUUGAGGCUCAAUAACCAGCCCGGCUGGGAUCCCGCUCGCCCAUUGCACAUCAGUCCAGCGCGAGACUCAAAGAGCGUACAACGCCGCAUGUCAACGACCUCAUCGUCACACCCUAGCUCGCCUGGGUUAACGCUGCCAACGUCCAAAUCCUUCUUCGACAAGGGUGGAUAUACAAGCUACAUGGCUACAGACGGCUAUGCUCCUCCUAAAAUGAGCACCAUGCCGGGGGUGGCGUCUGCUGGAACAUAUCUAGUCCCUGGCCCGCGAGACCCGGCUUUUAUGGACUACAGUGGUCAGCCACCUUUGCUCCUGGCAUCAGCCAUGCCUUACGCUCCAACUCAAGGCAUGGCAAUGGGGGCUGCUGGUAGCGGUACUGUGGCGGCCACCACGGGUCCCCAAUCUCUGCCUGGAUCAAGCAUGGCCUACGGGUGGCAUACACCGUACGCUACACCAGCCGGUCCUAUGACGGGUGCAGGUCCAGGCGCAAGUCCCGCCCACCUUUGGCCAGGUCCCGUGCACUACCUACCGACCAUGCCUGGUUAUCCCAUACCCAUCUCAGGCUACGCUCCACAGCAGCCCAACAUGGGUCCACCCUUUGUGCCCAUGAUGACGACGCAUCUCCCCCGCUACCAAAGCGUAGUGUAUCUCUCUAGCCCCCCUGCAGGCUCUACUGCUGGUUCCAGUGGACCCUCAGUGACGGCGACACCGCUGGCGGCGUCGCCCACGACAGGACCGGAGCUGGUUCCUAGCGUGACCCAUGCCUCUCAGGCAUAG